ACAUACAUACCAGUUGCUAGUAGAACCCAGCUUCUGCUUGGGAUUCGAUCCCAUCUUCGUCAACGUCGACAACGCUGAUUGCUGCAAAAGUAAGUACAGGGAAAACAGAGCUUCAAAAAGUCGCCCUUUGUAACAACUACCGCCUCCACCCAUUUUCAGCUCCCUUUUAACUGCUACGGGCCCUGCAACUUCCUCUUCCUAUCUCUCCUCUUAAGUUCAAAGGACGAGGAGUUUUAGGGGGGAUAAUUACAAGUCCACAAUAAGAUCUUUUUGCGAUAUCCAACAUUGUUGGCUUAUGAGAGCGUGUGAGACAGUUAUAAUAUUGUAAGGAACUGUUUCCUUCUGGGCAUUAUGCAUGUCUGGCCCUGUGGCCAUCGUUGAUAACGUGGAAGGAGCAAUUUCUCAUGCAGAGAGAACAAAAUCUCUUGAUGCCAGUUCCGACAAAGACCGCACAUCCCUAUCAACUAAUGGUGAAGUUAUUCAUACUUCUGAAAUUGCUGGCUUUAGAGUCGGGGAGCUCUUACUUACCAAUGGGGAAUCAUAUUCCGGCUCAUUGCUUGGCAGCAUCCCUGAGGGUAGAGGGAAGUAUGUCUGGUCAGAUGGUUGCAUGUAUGAAGGUGGGUGGAGACGGGGGGUGAAGCAUGGGAAGGGAGAACUAAAAUGGCCUUCUGGGGCAGUCUAUGAGGGUGAAUUUUCAGGUGGCUAUAUGCACGGUACAGGGACAUAUAUUGGAUCUGAUAAUUUGACCUAUAAGGGACGAUGGCGGUUGAAUGUGAAACAUGGAUUGGGAUAUGAAGUUUAUCCUAGUGGAGACAUCUUUGAAGGCUCUUGGAUUCAGGGUGCAGCAGAAGGGCCUGGUAAGUACAGCUGGGCUAAUGGAAAUGUUUAUCUAGGAAACAUGAAAGGAGGCAAAAUGUCUGGCAAAGGAACUCUUACUUGGAUGAACGGGGACUCAUUUGAAGGAAGCUGGUUAAAUGGAAUGAUGCAUGGAUUUGGAGUGUAUACAUGGAGUGAUGGAGGCUGCUAUGUUGGAACUUGGACAUGUGGUUUAAAGGAUGGAAAAGGAUCAUUUUAUCCCAAAGGCAGCCGACUGCCUGCUUUACAAGAACUUUACAUCAAUGCCUUGAGGAAAAGAGGUCUGUUGCCAGAUUUGAGAAAGCAGAACCUUGCACAUAUCCAUCAUGUGGCUUCUGUGGAAAUGGAAAAUGCCAAGGUCGGUGGGAGCCAGAGAUCUCGUCAUAGUUCAUCCGAUAAGCUCUCCAAGGGAAGUCUGUUGAAUUUGGACCAGACUAGCAACAGGAAUGUUUCCCUGCAAAGGCGCUGGAGUCUUGAGGUAUCAAUUGAAAAAGUGAUUGGACAUGCUUCGUCACUAGGGUUAACUGAGUCUGUCCAAGAAGGCGGUGAAAAAGCAGUGGAGAUGAACAUUCCAGUCCUGGAACGAGAAUACAUGCAAGGGGUAUUAAUCAGUGAGCUUGUAUUAAGUAGUAGUUUUUCGGCAUCAUCUAAAAGAGCAAAACGCCUACAAAAGAAACUUGCAAAAGAGGUUAAGAGGCCUGGUGAAGCAAUCAUUAAAGGUCACAGGAGUUACGACCUAAUGCUCAGUUUACAGCUUGGAAUCAGAUACACUGUGGGGAAAAUUACACCAAUACAGAGGCGAGAAGUUCGGGCAUCCGAUUUUGGUCCCCGGGCUAGCUUUUGGAUGAACUUUCCCAAAGAAGGAUCCCAACUGACACCACCCCAUCAAUCAGAGGAUUUUAAGUGGAAAGAUUAUUGCCCAAUGGUUUUCAGGAAUUUACGGGAGUUGUUCAAGAUUGAUGCUGCAGAUUACAUGAUGUCCAUUUGUGGGAAUGAUGCUCUCAGGGAACUUUCUUCUCCUGGGAAAAGCGGUAGUGUUUUCUUCCUAUCCCAAGAUGAUCGUUUCAUGAUUAAGACGCUACGAAAAUCUGAAGUAAAGGUUCUUCUAAGAAUGCUUCCAAACUAUCAUCAUCAUGUGAGGUUGUAUGAGAACACUCUCAUUACCAAAUUUUUUGGCCUUCAUAGAAUCAAACCUUCAAGUGGUCAAAAGUUUCGCUUUGUGGUAAUGGGAAAUAUGUUCUGCACAGAGUUAAGGAUCCAUCGAAGAUUUGAUUUGAAAGGUUCUUCACUAGGACGCUCUGCAGACAAGGUUGAAAUUGAUGAGAACACUACACUUAAAGAUUUGGAUCUAACCUAUUGCUUUUAUUUGGAACCCUCUUGGCGGGAGGCUUUAUUGAAGCAGAUUGAGAUAGACAGUAAGUUCUUAGAAGGACAGCACAUUAUGGAUUACAGCCUUUUGUUGGGUGUGCAUUAUCGAGCUCCCCAACACCUGCGCUCUCUCAUGUUCAAGCAAAAUAUAACAGCAACAGAUGGAUUGGCAAUGCUUGCAGAAGAAGACCCUCUAGAGAAUGAGAUCUCCAACUACCCACAAGGCCUUGUUUUGGUUCCUCGUGGAACCGGUGAUGGCAGUGUUGUCGUGGGCCCUCACAUCAGGGGUAGCCGACUACGAGCAUCCUCUGCUGGUGAUGAGGAAGUUGAUCUCCUGCUACCUGGUACAGCAAGGCUACAAAUCCAGCUUGGUGUGAACAUGCCAGCAAGGGCUGAGCAGAUUCCGGGAAAAGAGGAAACCCAAAUGUUUCAUGAGGUAUACGAUGUUGUUCUAUACCUGGGAAUAAUCGAUAUUCUGCAAGAUUACAACAUGAGUAAGAAGAUUGAACACGCAUACAAAACUCUUCAGUUCGAUUCCUUGUCCAUCUCGGCCGUGGACCCUACGUUCUACUCUCAGCGCUUCCUAGAAUUCAUUCAAAAAGUUUUCCCUCCAAAUGCUGCAACAAGUUAAGUUUUUUGGGUCUAAAAGCUUAAUAUUUUUCUUGUGGGAAAUCUUUAUGAUGAGUUGUUGUAUAAGAAUAAUAGUGGGCGGAAGCGUCAUGCAAGUUGUGUUGUAAAGUGUUGUCAAACAGGCGAAAGUCAGCCCCCCUCCUAAGCACAUCUCAAAUGUUGGUUGUUAAGAGUGAAUUUGAUUCUGUUCUCAUGGUUAA